CUAUUAGAUAAAUUUCGUAUAAUGAAUUUAAAUUUUUAAUUUUCAUAACUUUUUCUGCAUUUUAAUAAUGUUAAAAUAUUAAAGUUUGUGAUUUAAAAUUGAAAUAUUUCCAAUUUACUCAAAUAACUCUUUUUUAUUCAUACAAUUACAUUGUAAUUUUCAUUGAAUUUACUAGCCCUAUUUGGUUAACUUUAAUUUUUUGAUAAACUGAAGCUUGUUAAUAGAUUAUUUAAUUUUCCAAGAAUUCACACCUUUUUAAAGAUUUCAUCCUGUAAAAAUAGUUCUUUCCUCAAUAAAGCUCAUCGGUAUAUUAAUUCUGUGAAAUAUAAGGAUUAUAUGAAUGCUGUAACUAACGUGCUCUUGUUUUGUGGAGCUUUUGAUCCCAUUACCACCGGCCAUAUGAUAAUGCUGGAUUUGUGUAUUAAAACUAACUUUUUUUCAGAAAUAAGGAUAUUGCCCAGCGGUAAAAGGGAAGAUAAACAAUAUAAGGCCAAAGAUGAAGAUAGAACUAAAAUGUGUCAAAUCGCAAUGGACCUCUUCAAAAAAGAAUAUCCCAACCUAAAGAUUAACAUCUCAGACUAUGAACUAAAACUAGCUAAUUAUGUUGAUACUUAUUUCACUUUAAAACACUUUAACGAUACAGAACCUGAAAAGAGUUUUUAUUUUUUUAUGGGAUCCGAUUUAUUACCACAGAUGUUUGAUUGGCCUCAUUCCGAUAAUUUAGUCAAUAUUGCACAUUUUUUAAUAGCAUACCGUGAGGAUUUUGAGAUUAAACAAGAAGAUUUGAACAAGCUUAAAAGUUAUAAAUUGUUGGAUGAAUUGUUAUGGAAAAAUGGACAAAAAACUCAAACAUCACCAGCUUCGUCGACUCAAGUCAGAGAUACUCUCAAACAUGGACAUAAAUGCGGAAACUUAUUACUGCAUCCUGAUGUAAUGAAAUAUGUUGAAGAGAAUAAGUUAUACGAUUACAAAGUACCCGAUAACGACAUCUUUACUCAAACAUAA